CAUUUGGUUUCUCGGAAAGGGAGAGUGACGUUUCUCUAACUUCCGCGCACUUUCUCCUCGUUUCAGGCUUUCACUGAGUGCCCGUUACGAACAUUUCUCAGGCGUCUCAUUAUUAUUAUUAUUAUUGUUUCAUCACAGGCUUCCUGUUCUCCAACCAAGCCCUCCCUCCUCCUUUUUUGGGCGCCUAAAACCCAAAUUUUCGAAUUCUUUUUUGACCACAUAUAGGGAUCACAAGUUGUGCUGGGAAUUGUGGUUCUUCCUCUUCUUCAAAUGGAGUUCGUCGGCAAAACUGUUAAGAAGGAGAUCAAGGGGGUUGGGAUUAUCUUGGGAACAGUGAAAUCUUUCGAUUCAUCGUCUGGGUUCGUGGAGAUCGUUUACGAAGAUGGUAACUCUGAGGAGCUUGAAUCGUCUGACGUAGCUUCUCUUGUUCAAGGUGAAACGGAGUUAGUAAGGGUGAAGCGCCGGGGAAGGAAGCCCAAGAAGAGGCGUCGUGUCGAAAGGAAGCAUGACACCUGUGGAAGCCCAGGUAAUAUUGGUGAGAAUUUGGGUGUUUCCAUGCUAAAUAAUUCCGAAUUUAGGGGGGUUUCGGAUGAAGAUGUUUCUGCUAGAAGGAAUUUAAAAGUAAAUGGUGAAUUAGAUAAUGGGGCCGGAGGGAAUUUGACUUUGGGAACUGAAGUCAUGGGCAAUUUGAAUUGGAGUGCCAGCUCUAACGGGAUCAAAGAAAAUCAACGGAUGGAAAGCGGUUAUGAAGAGAAAUCCAAAGAUAGUAUAUCCACUAAUGGUAAUUCCAGCAUAACGGAUUGUGCAAAAGAUGGGUUUGAUUUGAAUGCUAGACUUAACCUGAACGAGGCCUUGGAUCUGAAUAAUGGGUGUAGUUCGCAUGUUAAUACUGAGGAUGGUUUGAACAAAAGGGGUUGCAUUGAUUUAAAUGUGGAUGUAAAUCAUGAAAUUGAUUCCAGCCCCAAGACGACUGAUUUAGGUUGUCCAGCAGCUGAAAUAUCUAAGCGGGAAUGUAAUUUUGAUUUGAAUGUGGAGGUAUGUGAUGAAGUUAAGGAGACUCUGGGUGACACCGCUGGAGACGGAUUCUCAGAUGGAGGUGGUUUGUUUGGUAAAAUGGGGGAAAGCCAAAAGUCAGAGACAGAUAUUAGUCAAAAUUUUGUACAAGAUGACAGUGUUAAAAGGAGUUUGGAUGAUAUCACAAAUUCAAUCAAAUUGGAGGGAAUUGAUAGUUUCCAAGAGUGUGCAGGUAAAGACACUUCUGUGAGUUUGAUUGAGGAAAAGGAAGAAGGAUUUUGCAAUGGAGAUACUGUGGCUCUUAACUCUGUUGUGGUUUCAAAUGCUAUUUCUGUCAAGGGUUGUGGUUCUGUGGAUGUUUAUCGGGAUCAUAGUCCUUCUGAAACUGGUAUUGCCAUAACUCAUGAAUGUCAAAAUGAGCCAGGAAGCCAAUACAAACAAGGAAGUGGCCGCAGGAAGAGAAGAAAACUAUCGGAUAAUCUGAAAGCCACUCCAGAGACAGUUUUAAGGAGGAGCUCUCGCCGUGCAUCAGCUCGAAAACGAGAUUCAAGCCCUAUAACAUUGAAUGUAAUGGAUGAUCCUUUGAUGUCUCCAGGACCCAGUGCCAUAACAGAAGAAAAAACGAUUCUUUCUGGCUCUGAGCAGUGUGAACAGUGUAGUGAACUAUCACCAAAGCUGCAACUACCCCCAUCUUCUCAAAAUUUGAACUUAGAUAGCAUUCCUGGUCUUGAUCUUUUUUCCAUUUAUGCUUGUUUGAGGUCUUUCAGUACCAUACUAUUUUUAAGUCCUUUUGAGUUGGAGGAUUUUGUAACUGCACUGAAGAGUGUAAAUCCUAAUAUAUUAUUUGACAACAUUCAUGUUGCUAUUUUACAAACUCUUAGAAAGCACUUGGAAUACCUUUCAAAUGAAGGUUGCCAAUCUGCAUCCGAUUGCCUGAGAAAUUUGAACUGGGAUUUGUUGGACGUGGUCACAUGGCCCAUUUAUAUGGCUGCGUAUUUUCUGAUUCAUGGUUCUGGACUUGAAACUGGUUUUAAUCUCAAGUAUUUGAUGUUUGGAAGUGACUACUACAAGCAGCCUGUAACUUUGAAGAUUGAAAUUCUUCAGUGCCUUUGUGAUGAUAUGAUGGAAGUGGAAGCUAUAAGGUUGGAGCUUAACAGAAGAUGUUUGGUGAUUGAGGCUGAUAUGAGUUUUGAUCAAAGUAUGUAUCUUGACAUUUGCAAGAGAAGAAGAGAUCUGAGGGACUUGUCUGGUGGCUUUUCUCUGUCCGAGGAGAUUGUUGAUGUCACAACUGACUGGAACAGUGACGAAUGCUGCCUUUGCAAGAUGGAUGGAAGUUUAAUAUGUUGUGAUGGUUGCCCUGCUGCAUUCCACUCCAAGUGUGUAGGGGUUGCAAGUGAACAUUUACCUGAAGGUGACUGGUAUUGCCCUGAGUGUGCAAUUAGCAGACGUAAGCCUUGGAUGAAACCUCAAAAAUCACUUCGAGGAGCAACCCUUUUAGGAAUUGAUCCACAUGGUCGCCUUUUUUUUGAGAGCUGUGGUUACCUGUUAGUGUCAGAUUCAUCUGACAUGAGAUCCUCGUUCAAUUACUAUCACAUAAAUGAUCUGCAUGUUGUAAUUGAAGUGCUAAAAGCGGCUGAUGCUUUCUAUGGUAGCAUAUUAAUGGCCAUCUGCAAGCACUGGGAUAUUCCUUUUAACUUAAAUGGAGCAACUUGUCACCUGGAACUCUCAAAUCAAAAUGCUAGCAGGAACAUGCAUGUGAAGGCAGAAUAUUCUGCUCUAUAUCCAUCUUCAGCUCCUUUUUCAUCCUCAGAAGCAUUCUUGGACAAGAAUAAGGUUGCUGAUCAAAGAAAGUGUGAAAAAGCUUCUACCGUACAACCUGUUGGCCAAGAGUUUCUCAAAGCUGAGAGACAGUUAGAUUCAGUGAUAAUGACAGAAAGUCCCUGUGUUGCUUCAGAAAUGUCAUCGGAUACCACACAAAUGAGGUCAAUCAUUGGUGAUCCUCUAAUGCAUGGACUCAAUGAUUCCAAUAGAUCUGACGAGGUCUUGAAUCAGCCAGGAAUACCAGAGAAAGUGCACAGAGUCAGUCACUCUUUGAGGUCUUCCCGCUUAGAUGUGAGCCAUAAGACAAACUUAACAUCAACUAUGUCCACUGGGAAUAGAUCUACUUUGGAUAUGCCUUGUGGAAUUGACUAUGUAAACUAUUACAGCUUUGCUCGAACAGCCUCAUUAGUGGCGGAGGAGUUGAUACGUAAAUCAUCUGAAAAGAUCAACAAGCAUAUUGAAAUAUCUGAAGAAGACUUUAUUUCAGAACAAGCGAAGGCUAUUAUUAAGAAAUCUACAAACUUCUGCUGGCCAGGUUCUCAAAAUGUAAAUGCAGCUGCUCAAAAGGAAAAAUGUGGGUGGUGCUUUACGUGCAAAGUUGAAAAUGAUGACAGAGAUUGCUUGUUUAACUCUGUGGUGAUGCCUGUUUGGGAAGUGUCUAAAAGUGAUUUAGUUGGGUUUGAACCAAAGAACCAGAAUGCUCAUCUUAGAGAUGUCAUAUUUUAUGUUCUCUCCCUUGAGGAUCGAUUACGUGGGCUUCUAUUGGGGCCUUGGUUGAGCAUCCAUCAUUCUAAUAAUUGGCGUAACAAUCUUCUUAAGGCAUCUGAUGUUGCAUCUGUUAAAUUCUCAUUACUGACUCUAGAGUCCAAUUUGCGGCCUCUUGCUCUUUCGGCAGACUGGUGGAAACAUGUGGAUUCUGUUGUUACCAUUGGUUCAGCUUGUCAUAUUGCAGCCAGUUCACGCACAUCUUCAAGGCAUAUUAUUGGAAGGAAAAGGGCUAAGUUCUCCGAUAUUGAGUCCAGUGCAUCUUCUAAUACAAGUGGUUUGGGAACAUAUUGGUGGAGAGGUGGUCGGCUUUCCCGUCAUUUGUUUAAUUGGAAGAUUUUGCCGCACUCUUUGCUUACCAAGGCUGCUAGACAAGCUGGGUGUACAAAGAUACUGGGUAUUCUAUAUCCUGAGAAUUCUGAUUUUUCAAAGAGAAGUAAAUGUGUUGCUUGGAGAGCCGCUGUGGAGACAUCAAUUAGUGUGGAGCAACUUGCUAUUCAGGUUAGAGAGCUUGAUUCAAACAUUAAGUGGCAUGACAUUGAGAAUACUCAUCCUCUGUGUGUGAUGGACAAGGAAUUUAGAAAAUCAAUCAGGUUGUUCAAAAAAGUAAUUGUACGCAGGAAAAGCACUGAAAGGGAAUCUGCAAAAUAUCUUCUUGAUUUUGGGAAGAGAAGGGCUGUGCCAGAUAUUGUUAAGAAACAUGGUUCUUUGUUGGAAGAAUCAAGUGACAGGAAAAAGUAUUGGCUGGAAGAACCUUAUGUUCCCCUGCAUCUUAUAAAGAAUUUUGAGGACAAAAGAAUCACUCGGAAGUCCAAUGAAAUGAAACCAGGAAAAGUUCUGGAGAUUGGUGGAUUUAAUGAGAGAGCUACCCAAAAACGGGGUUUUUCAUAUUUGUUUUCUAGGAUGGAAAGGCCUAACUAUCAUCAGUGUGGCCACUGCAACAAAGAUGUUCCAACCAGGGAAGCUGUGAGCUGCCAGUACUGUAAUGGAUUCUUCCAUAAGAGGCACGCCAGAAAAUCUGGUGGCACUGCUGAAUUCACAUAUUCAUGUCACAGAUGCCUAGAUGGGAUGUGUGUAAAUUCUAAUUCUAAAAGAAGAAAACUUGACCCAAAGCUAGGGAAUAUUCAAUCACAAAAAGGUCGAAAGGCCCCCUCAGUGGGUAGACCAGUUAAGCAAAAGGGCAGUAAAAAGCCAUUGAGUAAGAGGCGGCAAGGAAAAUCUCAAACCAAUAAAAAGUUGCCACCAAGCGUACCUCUUCGUCGUUCAGCCAGGAAGACCAAAUGCUUGUAUGUGCAAAAUAAAAGGAAUGUAGGACGUAAAAAAGGAAAAAGAAGCAAAUCCAAGAAGGUGACAUCUAGGAAGGUCAAGGAAACUACUUCUCGUUCCAAGACGGCGGUAACUUUUGAGCGAAAGAAAAGAACUCAUGUCUGUAACAGUUACUGGCUUAAUGGUCUUAGGUUGUCCACAAAGCCAAAUGAUGAACGAGUACUUCUGUUUAAGGAGAAGAAGCAUCUUGCCCCCUCAAAAGGUUUUUCUAACGCCUUUGAUCAACCUAAAUGCCAUCUUUGUUGUGGAGAUGGAUGCACUUUGAGUUAUAUUGCUUGUGAAAUCUGCGGAGAGUGGUUUCAUGGAGAUGCUUUUGGACUCACUGUAGAGAAUGUUAGACAACUUAUUGGAUUUAGGUGUCAUGUAUGUCGUGAUAGGACUGCACCAAUCUGUCCCUACAAGAAUAGUAAUGCCCUGACUCAUGCUGAAAUCAAAACUGCAACUGAGUGUGCAGAGGAACUACCUAAUUCCGUUUAACUUCAGCCAUUGAGUCAGAACUUAAUGUCCCUAACUAUACCAAGUAUCUCUGCAAUUGCUGGAGGAUGAUUUUUUAGCUUUGAACGGAAACAUGCAACCUAACUUCCUACAUCAUUCCUGAUAACUCCUCCGCAUGCAGCUGAUUCUGCUCAACUUACAGAAGUGCCCACGUCCAGCCUUUUCUUCUUGUGGUAUCUAUUUGAUUCUGUAUCCUCCUCUCUUAUCAUUCUUAAAAGCUUUUUGUUCGACAUGGUCACAGAAAGACUCCUGUCCGGCUUACUGAUAUCUUCCCUCACAUCUUCAUCAAACGACAACUCACAUAUCUGAACCCAAAUUUCCUGGUAUCCAUACCUGAAGAUAAUGUUCCAACAUCCUUUGUAUUUGUUAUCUUGUGCAGCAUCCGAUUUAUAGUUGUCUAGCCAUUCCUCUCUUUGAAGUUUGAGGAAUAUAUUCUGUAAUUUUGGAUUUGCUAGAGGCUUCCAGAAAUCAGAAACUCUGCAGCAAUCUCUUCAGUAUACAAAGGAGCUAUUUCAUUCAUCCAGUUUGCUCCCAAAUGGGCAAUUUCUACUCUUACUAAUCCUACCUGGUAUCUCAGCUCCUGCGUAUGAAUUCUGUGAUGGUUAAAGAGCCACCCAAAGAACGAAAUCUCCUCUGUAACAACCCAGGCCCAUUUUCUUUUUCAUGUAGUGUCUCCUCUAGCUUGAGCUUCUUCAGCUAGCAACUCAUGCUGAUUUGACAGAGUGGUAGCCACCAUUUAACCGUCUCCCACUCCACUCUGUCUUCUCCCUUGCUGCAUAUAUGGGGGCUCUAUUCUUACAAUGAAAUCAAGAACCCAUUGGGGAAGCCAUCACUUUGAUGGUUUAACCUGUACAAAUCCCACCAUCACAAAGGAGUUUAGGAAAUGAGCUACUUUUGCUUCUAAAUCACCUGCAAAACACAACUGGUAGAAUAAAUAUACAAGGCUCAAUGUUUUUUAACUUGAUUGACUUCCAACAUUCUCCUUGAUCUCAUUUUCGAUAAUGUGACUUAACCUUUUCAUACACCAGUAAAUAUAUUAGGUGACAUUGUAUUUUUAAGGUCUAGUUACAUGUAAUUAUCAAAAUUUAAAAAAAAAAAAAAAAACUUUAGCCAGAACAAUUGGUUAUAAUGGAGGCUGUAAAACUAGACUCUAAUACCAUCAAAUAAGCGCUCAAUGUUUGUGUGUAUGUUAGUAUGUGGUUUAAUAGAUGUUCUAUCAAAGUCGAAAAAGCUAUCCACUCAAUGAUC